UGUGGGAUGACACUUCUCUUUCUUUCUUUAUAUAAUAAUUGGCAAUUGAUCUUCCCUUUUCUCUUUCAUGGCUGUCCUUCUCCCUCUGCCACUGUAAGGUCAAACCCGGAUCGUAUACAUUGAACUCGCCCAAUCCCUCUCUCACACUUUGCACUACAAACUUCUUAAAUCCUUUGCCUUUCCUCUUACACUCUGUUAAUGGACUGUUGUUUCUUACGCCACAGCAACCCCACCCCCACUGCUUUCACAGUUUCUUCUCCGUAUCCCCCUCCCUCGUUUCGAAAGCCACUUCCUUUUUCGACGAAAACUGUUCUCGACUUCCCCAAGAAUCCCCUUCUCGCCAGGCGUGCCACAUCCGGUCUUUCCAUCAGGCCCAGGAGGGUCUUUUCGAUAAUCGCUAGCGCCGGGGCUAGCCACUGCGAGCCCAGUAGCAGCCUGAAUUCGCCGCUCGAGCCCCGGUCCCAGCCGGGGAGGUUCUUGAGCAGUGUGUUGCAGAACCACCGCCAGUUGUUCCACAUCGCCGUCGCGGAUGAGUUGAAGCUCUUGGCCGAUGUUCGCGAUGGCGCCGUUUCCCGUAUGCGGCUCAGCGCUGGCUCUGAUGAAGCCUGCCUUCACAGGAGGGUUGCACUACUAAGGGAGCAAGAGUGCCAACUAGCAGUUGAAGAUGUCAUGUACAUGUUAAUCUUUUAUAAAUUUUCUGAGAUAAAAGUCCCCUUGGUUCCAAGACUCUCUAGAUGCAUUUAUAAUGGCAGACUAGAGAUAUGGCCUUCAAGGGACUGGGAGCUGGAGUCCAUCCACAGCUUGGAGGUUUUGGAGAUGGUCAAGGAACAUGUCACAACUGUCAGCGGCUUGAGAGCAGAUUCUAGUGUCACAGACCAUUGGGCAACUACCAAGAUUCCACGGCUCAAGCUUAGCCAAGCAUACACGGCCUCCAUCUUAUAUGGCUACUUUUUGAAGUCUGCCUCAUUGAGGCACCACUUGGAGCAAGGUCUAGCUUUGGUAAACCAGGACAAUCUUGGGCGUAGGACCCCCCUUCAGUUCCAAGAGAUGUGUCCGUAUGGAUUGAAAAAUCUUCUCUUUGGCCGUGUCAGUAAUGUGCAAUCUAUGUCAUAUUCUCAAGGGUCAACUAACCAGGAAAUGAAACGUCAAACGUUGAAAUGUUAUGUGAAGGAAUUUGACCCUGCUACAUUGCAGAGAUGUGCAAAACUUAAAUCUAAGGAGGCUGUUAACUUGAUUGAGAGUCAUUGCUGUGCACUUUUUGGGGAUGAAAAGGUUAAUGUAAUUGAGAAUAAUGAGUUGAUCUUUACUUCAUUUUCGAGUCUGAAGAGGUUGGCAUUGGAGGCUGUUGCUUUUGGUUCAUUCCUUUGGGACGCAGAAGAAUACAUUGACAGUGUGUAUAAGCUCGAGGAUAAUUAGUCGAACAGGGAGGUUAUUAAGUAGAAAAAAUUGCUGCUUUCGGGUAAUUCUCUUUGUAAAUAGAAGUUUGGCUGCAUACCUUUUCGCUUUAUUUUGCAAGUACUCAAGAAUUUUCGAAUGUAUAGUCUAUCUGCUGUCAUUAAAGAUGAAGGGUUUUGAAUGGUA